AUGACAACCUACAUCGGCAUUAGCAACAUCACCUGGGGACUUGGCCUGCUCGUCAUUAUUCGAAUCACCUGGGAGCUGCUGUUCUCGCCGCUAAGAGCUUUCCCUGGACCCUUUCUGGCCAGGUUCACCGAUUUAUGGCGAGCUAUCGUCACUGCGCAGGGCCGUAUCGAUAGCACCCAUACACUAUGGCACCGCAAGUACAACAGCAGUGCUGUGAGGAUCGGACCGAAUACCAUCAGUAUUAGUGAUCCAAAUUUGAUCAAGACGAUCUAUGCAACAAAGGAUGCGUGGACGAAGUCUCAUAUGUAUCGGGUCAACGAUGUUCUCAUUAAGGGCCAGCGCAUUUCGAAUAUCUUCAACACCCAGGACAAUGUCUGGCAUGAUAAAGUGAUGAAACCAAUCCGGGGGUUCUGGACAAUGACUAAGGUAUUGGAAGUAGAAGGCCUGAUCGAUGAAACACUUAGCAAGUUGACUGAGAAACUGGAUGCCAAGUUCGCCAAUGAACCCGGAGAUAGCUCCAAGGUUUGUAUGAUGAAUGACUGGCUAGGCUACUUUGCUUGGGACGUAACGGCCAAUAUCAGUUUCGGACAACACUAUGGUUUCAUCGAGCAAGAAAGAGACGUCGACAAUCUGAUUGUAGAUUCCACCAAAGGGCUCUACUAUUUUGGCCCAAUUUCCCAAAUCCCAUGGGUUGACUACCUUCUGGACAAGAACCCCCUAGUUCGCAUUGGGCCCAAGCCUACGCUCACUGGGGUUAUGUACGCCUUCAAGGUUGUUGCGCAGUACCAACGAGAAAUCGCCCAGAAGGACCGCACGGAAAAUCCAGGGGGAGUCCAUCAUUACCUCGACAAGUAUAUCAAACUCAAGGACACUUACCCGGACAUGGUCGACGACAACCAAAUCGUGAACUGGCUGAUGCUCAACGUCCUCGCAGGCGGCGACACAACCUCAGCCAUCAUGCGCGCCCUCGUCUACCAUCUAGCCAAGACGCCAACAGCAUACAAAAAGCUGACCGAUGAACUUGACUCUGCCCAAUUGUCUCUCCCUGCUCCGUGGAGGGACAUCAACGGCAAGGUUCCGUAUCUCGAGGCGGUUAUUCGGGAGACUAUCCGCAUCAACCCCGGUCUAGCUAUGGUUCUUGAGCGCGUGGUUCCUGAAGGCGGGUUGACAUUACCGGAUGGCCGGUUUAUCCCUGCGGGAACUAAGGUUGGGAUCAACCCCCAUGUCACGAGUAGGGAUCCCGAGGUUUUUGGGGCCGAUGUCGAUGAGUUCAACCCGGAGCGCUGGAUUACAAAGGACGAUGCCCGACUUCGCAAAAUGCGCGAUACGGCGGAUUUCGCAUUUGGUGGGGGCAACCGGGUAUGUAUGGGGCGGUACCUGGCUCAGUUGGAGAUUUGCAAGUUGUUUGCGACGUUGUAUAGCUUGUACGAUAUCAAGCUUGUCGAUCCAGAACACGAGUGGAAAUAUCAUAAUGCUUGGUUUGUGUAUCAGUGGGAUAUGCCGAUGAUCAUCACUCGCCGACGCUGA